AUGUCAAAAAAAAUAGAAAAAAGUGACAACGAGCUCUUCGAGGUUCUAUCAAGUUACGGAGACCUCAAUAUUGAAGAAACGGAUGACGAUUCUACUACAGAGGAAGAUCUUUCGAAAACAAGUCCGGGUCGCAGCUUUGUGGCAUCAGAGAGCGAUGAUGCAUCAUACCCAGACGAAGAGUCGCUAGGAUCCAGUCUUCCCUGUAUCCACCACGCCAUGGAUGGUCACAAUACCUCCGGAGCUGUUAGCAAAAAUAUCCCGAUUAGCGCCGUUGCCUCUCAUUUAGUCUCCGAAAAUGGGAUUUCAGUGAUACAGUAUUUGGUCUUGUGGCAAUCGUGGGAGCGAGAGAUACCGCAUGAGUAUGAUGUGAGCGAGGAUCUGUCUUCGUAA